AGGACAAAAGAUUUCAAGCCUCCUCUACAAGACUCCAGUAAGUGAGGAUGAGAAUGCUCUCUACCUGGCCAAGGAACACUGCGCAGAUAUCGUCAUCUCUUCCAGUGCCUUGAAGAUAUUGGUGGAUAACUAUGGUCAAAAUUUUGAUAAAGAGUGGAAUAUUCCUGUUAGAGUUGGCUCUCAUGUUGUUAAAGAUGUGGAUGGAAUUGAAAGGAGUCAGAGAAUAGUGUUCAUUGACAAGCCUAUGGUGAAAACCAUCUGGACUCCUCAAGAGAAGAAGCAGAUGUUUUACAAGAAAUCUGCUCUGGCCUCACUGACAAAAAUAAUUAACUACUCUUUUUUUAAUAUGGCUCCUCCAUUUGCCACCCCAGAAGACAAAGACAGUGGUGAGGACAAGGGACAAACGGGCUAUGACGACGAUAUCUUUGAUCUUGCAUCUACUGCUGAAACAUGACACCUUCGGAGUUGAUCCUGCUGUCCACUCUGUAUCUGAAAAUUCGGGCAAUUAGAG